ACUAUAGGAAAACCACCCCUGCCCUCCCCCUCUCCUCCUCCCCCCGGGGGCGAAGCGGCGGAUCAAGACUCACCCCCGUGUGUCAGUACGGCGCCGGUGGUUGUUGCUGUUGCACGAAGCGCUCUUUUAUCCUCGCGGAUGUUGUUCCCCCGUCGUACGAUUCGAUAGAUCGCGCGCUCCCGAACGAUUGAUCUUCCUCCGACGGAUUUUCAAGAAGCGUUCGAGGGCGACUCGCGGGAAAGAGGGAGGCAUCGAAAGGCGAUUACGAAAGGGCGACAGGAAAUUUUCCGGACGAUACAUGAAACUACGAAUCAGGUGGACGGAUGGUGCUGGUGAAAAAUCCAUCUCCAACUCGCGGCCCGAGCCCCCAAAGAGAAAAUGCGAGAUGCGGAAGGUCAAAAGGACGAGGAGGAGGUCGGGGCUCGCGCGGGAACAGUCCCGGCAAUCAAACUGGUUCGCGAGGAAGUAGUCCGGCAAAGAGUGGCGGUUCCGAUUCCAAAAGGAAGGGGAAAAAUGCGUUAUUGCACUCGCAAGGCAACGAGAUCGGUAGCAUCGAAAAAUUGGUAGACGGCGAUAAACGGGUAAUCGCGACCAAACAUCUACUUCCGGAAAAUAAUAUAAAUGUCGUCGUCAGAGUUCGUCCGCUCUGUAAUAAAGAGAUCAAAUCCGGUGAUGCGAUGGCCGUGCAAUUUCCCGGUGAUGGACAAAUUUACUGCGAUGUAGUUACGAGCAGCGGCGACAAAAAGCCAAAGGUAUUUUCUUACAAUGUCGUUUUCGAACCGAAUGCCACGCAAGAGGACAUUCUGCAAUACUCCGGCAUUAAAAAUCUCAUUGAAAUGGCGGUGGAAGGCUUCAACUGCACUGCGUUUUGCUAUGGACAAACCGGAAGUGGUAAAACGCAUACCCUGACUGGACCUCCGAGACUUUUUGAGAAAAUGGAUCCAUACUCGGAGGAUCAUGGUCUGGUCUUCCGUUCCUUCGUCUACCUGUUUAAAGUCCUUCAAGAACACGAGAAUUGCAAUUUUGUGCUAAAGGCAUCCUUCCUGGAAAUUUAUAACGAAAAGGUGAUAGAUCUUUUGAAUCCUGGGACUGCAAGAAAACCUUUAGCGGUUCGGUGGAGCAAAAAAACACGCGGAUUCUUCGUUGAGAAUCUUUUCACAGUGGAAUGUGAAGAACUUGACGAUCUUUUAGCGGUUCUCGAAGAAGGAAUGAGGAAUAGAUCUAUCGGUACGCACAAUAUGAACGAAUAUUCCAGCAGGAGCCAUUCGAUUCUGACUAUAACUAUAAUUUCUGAACAAGCAAUGGAAAAUGGCGUAUUUAUCUCCAAACAAGGUAAAAUUAAUUUCGUCGACCUUGCCGGAAGCGAGAUGACGAAGAAAACUCAAAGCGAAGGCAAGACCUUAGAAGAGGCAAACAACAUCAAUAAAAGUCUCAUGGUAUUGGGAUAUUGCAUCGCUUCCUUAAGUGACGGAAAACGAAAAGGGGGUCAUAUUCCUUAUCGAGAUAGCAAACUAACAAAGCUUUUGGCCGACAGCCUCGCCGGAAAUGGAAUCACAUUAAUGAUCGCCUGCGUUUCACCAGCCCGUUCAAAUGCCAACGAGACAUUAAACACCUUGAGAUACGCCGCGAGAGCUAAAAAGAUAGCCACGAAACCCAUUAUAGUGAUGGAUCCACGCGAAGCUCUGAUUCUCAGCUUGAAACGAGAAGUUGGAGCACUUCAAACCGAGAACGAGCACUUAAAAAUGACGCUUCAUCUUAAUAACGAGGCUCAAAAUAUGAUCCGUUGCGAAUCCAAAACCGAACGACGGAUAACCAUGACACCGCCACCGGUAGACUUCGACAAAUUAGCUGAGAUGGAGAGCUCGGAACUGAGCCAAUUAAUCCACGCAUACAUCACCGAGAACGAGGCGCUACGUCGCGAAAAUGCAGAACUCUAUGCCACGCGAGAACAGGUGAUACGGGACCAGGAACUCGUUUGCCGAGAAAACGAGAGGCUACUCAGAAAACUGGAGGACGUAAACUUAGUAUGCUGUCGAUCGCCCAUAAUACCAGCGAGGCCGUCGUAUUCGGCGGAAUUAUUGCGCGGCAACAAUAACGAAGACAUACCUGGUGCAACCAAUGUUUGGACCAAUCCGAACACUGCUCCCAGUCCGGUGUAUUCCUUUUCGAAGCAUACGAUCAACAGUGGAUUAUAUAGAUCGGCCGGUAGUAUGCCGGAGAAGGUGUUAAAGGAACUCGAUAAACGAAGAAUUGUCGGCAGUUACAAUAACAUUGCCGAAGCUUAUAAGGACAAGAGCAGUCACCGCCGGCACAAUUCAUGGGAUAACAAUAAUCGGCCUAUGAUAAGUCCGGAACAGAGAAUCUCUCCAGUAGAUAUAAAUCAUCAAGGUCGAAGGACGACCUUGCGGCGCACCUCGACGGUUCCUGAGGAGAGUAAGCCUCCGGUGAAAAUGGGCGAGCACCCCAUCGCGGAUGGCGUCGUCGCGAUGCCCGUCGAGCAAUCAAACAGCUCGCCCGAUUCGAUCCUGAGCGGUUCUCUCGACGUGGGUAGCACCUCCGCCCCCGACACCGCGGAAUCGGUCGCCCCCACCGUCCCCUUCCCGCCGAUAUCGCGCUCACCUUCGUCCCCCGCGACGUCGGAGGCGGAAGUUCAGAACCGGAAGUCGCAGUCGCGGGCCAACAGCGGCAGGAGGGACGCCGAGGACAAGAGCAAGGACGAGCAGCGGGCGUUCGGGAGUCCGGUCUCCGUCGACGACGACGACGACGCGCGACUUUAGGAAUCCGCGAAUCUGAAAGUCGAGAAAAAAAAUAUGCGAGUGAUCUCUUAUUUUUCGAGGAAACGUUAUCGAACGGAAGGAACUUUCCCAUGCAGCGCAAACCCAUACAGCACAUUCCCUAUAAGCACACAAUAUUCCUAGGAUAUUGUAUAAAUAUUAUUAACUGUUAAUAAUA